CCAUGCGCAUUUGGGGGAAAUGGGAUUACAGUAGUACAGGACUGGAAACAGGUUCCCAAAAAGGAACUCAUCGUUGUUCAAAAGUAUAUAUCCAAUCCACUCUUAGUCAACGGAUCCAAGAUUGAUUUAAGGGUGUACGUCGAAGUCACCAGUAUUAACCCUCUUCGAAUAUAUGUCAACCCGGAGGGCAUUGUAAGGAUAUCGGUUGAAAAGUACACUAUGAAAGAUCUUAAUAACAGGGCAAUACAUCUGACAAACGAAAACGUCAAUUCAAAGAACUCGGUAUACUACAUAGAUGAAAAAAUGGUAGAAGGAUAUCGACGAUCGUUAACGUGGUUUUGGGACUACUUAAAAGAGAACCAUGGAGUGGAACGCGAACCUAUUUGGGACAGAAUCAAAGACCUUGUCAUAAAAACUAUUCUGAGCGGGGAGGAUACAAUGCAAAGGAGUACCCAACACUUUAUUAGGAACCGGUACAGCGUGCAUGAAUUAUUUGCCUUUGAUAUUCUUCUCGAUGGAAACAUGAAACCGUGGGUUAUGGAAGUUAAUGUAUCACCUAGGUUCGAUAAGAACAUAGUUGUUAAGUUGAUGGAUCCCUUGCUGACGUCUAUGUUAAACAUAGCUGGUAUUCAGAUCCCAGCUGUAGACAUGUUGCCAAAACUGAAACACAGCCCAGAGACAGUUCCCAAAGACCUUCUCAUGGACCGUAGACUGUGGACACAGCAGCUGACCGAGGAAGAAAAGGAAAAACAUCAGACAUACACGACCUUCAAAGAUGAGAUGACCCUACCUACAAUACUGGAUACACUCACACCCGAUGAUAUCCGAAUGUUGAUUGAAACAAUGGACGAAAACAACCGAAGAGGACAAUUCGAAAGGAUAUUCCCAACACCAGAGACUAAGAUAUAUCACAAAUUCUUUGAGCGGCCAAGAUAUUACAAUAUCCUACUCGACCAGUGGAUUCAACGCUACGAUCAAAACGAAGAGGAGGGAAUACAAAUUUUAGAGUCGUACUGUCGGGAGGAAAAACAUCUUCAGCCUUAACGAUCCAAGUGACAAUAGUAUUGCCAUUAGCUCUAUCCCACAAUCAAUGUAUAUACAUUUAGGAUUAAAUCACUUUUACAGCUUUAUCAUGGUAACAGCAUCUAAAUGUUUCAAUG